AUGAGUGCCUAUCUUCUAGCCAUACUUUUUCUCACCACCACAUUAGCGGUUGCGUCUGACUCCAGUAAAGAUUUGGGAGAGUUUCGCGACUGCGUCAAGGUCUGCUCAGAUCAGUAUUGGAAGUGUCUGGAGCAAAAAGCACGCAGGGAGGAUGCCUCACCCGAGGACAGUUUUGCAGCCUGCACGCGAAUAAGGUGUGGAGCCCUCCUCUUUGGAUGCCAAAUCGUGAAGAACCGCAAAGGCUAA